AUGGCUGCUCCUACCAAGACCUUUCCGAUAUGUGGCGUCACAUACGUCGGACAAAUCGAGCACGAGUAUAUGCACGGCAAGAAACUGUCUGUUUGCGCAAACUGCCUGGCCCUGGGAUUCCAGAAGCCUCUGAGACGAUGCAAUGGCUGUAUGUUGGUCGACUACUGCUCCAAAGAAUGUCAAAAAGCCCACUGGCGCAAGCACAAGUCGUUUUGCAACAUGGUCCAGGGCAAAGGAGAUCCCAAUGCUUAUCUCUCAUCAUACAGCCAUGACGAAGUCCUGCGACUCAUCAUUGAUGCUUACCGCCUAAGAGUCGAGACUGACCACUUGUCCCGGGACGAGGACCACGGUAUCUAUUAUCCCGGAAAGCCAAUCGACGGCCUGGUCUGGGCCAAGGGUGACGCCAUCGACGACUUCCAACGAUUUCUCGAUUUGGCGGAAGAUGCGAAAAUCCUCCCUAAGUGGUGGACGUUUGAGGAUCGAAUGCAGUGUCUUGCCCUGGCAAUUGACAAGAGUGACCCCGAGUCAAUAUUUCACCCAAUCAAUCAGACAGAGCUUCCCCAAAAGUACGAGGGUGACAUGGCGAUCCGAUUAGCGCUCGCCAUUCUGGCCGAGAUGUGUGUCGGAUACGAUGGCAGGGGGCGGGCGAAGGAUGACACUUGGUUCCACGAGUUCCAGGAAUUCCUUGACCUGCAUCCAGAGGAACGAGCCCGCUUGAUCAGAGGAAGUAUUGAAAUGGUGGACUCGGUGCUCAAAGAGCAUGGAGAAGAGUUUGCACAAAAGCUCCCUUGA